CGAAAACCAAACUUUCGGCAUCGGUAGGAGAAAAAAAAAUACCGUGGACUUUCCAGCACGACUCUGCACCUGGUCACAAGGCACGAACUACCCAAACCUGACUUGAAACCAAAGUUCCGGACUUUAUAAGAACUGAAGACUGGCCCUCAUCUAGCUCAAACCUCAACCCUUUAGACUUCAAAUAAUGUGCACAAAUCCACAGAUAAUCCACACUUAGUAUUUGAGACACAAGUCGUCAAUAACACGUAAGUUAACAACUUGUCCGGCGUCAUGGAUGUGAUUAGCUUUGCCGGCUAUAUAAGACGACUCGUAAUUCCAUUAUACAUUAGAUUCAGUGAAGCUACGCUAAAAGAAAUGAAGUUCGUCCUCGCUCUCAUCGCUCUGGCUGUAGUGGUGGCCGCCCGGCCAAAUGACGAUCUAUUCUAUGACAAGAAAUACGACAACUUCAACGUUGACGAGAUUAUUGACAACCCAAGACUGCUUAAAGCGUACACAUUCUGUUUUAAUGACAAGGGAAAGUGCACAGCUGAAGGAAACGACUUCAAGAAAUGGAUCCCAGAAAGCUUGCAGACAUCGUGCGGGAAGUGCUCUGAAAAGCAGAAGUAUCUAGUGGCCAAGUUCGUCCACGCCAUCAAGGAUAAGAUGCCUGACGAAUUCGAUAUCCUGCGCAAACUGCACGAUCCCAAAGGGGAAUACACCGAGAACCUUGAUAAAUUCCUCGAAACUUACGGACAUUAAAUUAUGAUUUAACUUAUUCGCUUCAUGAUAAUGUUACCUGUGACUUCAUAAAUAAAUGUCAUUACAGUUUUUGUAAAA